AUGUGAAGAUUUUUUGGCAGUUGAGUGUGGAAACUCUUGGUCACCUGUAUCUUCCUUUAGCCCUUUUUUUGCUCCCCUCCCCACCAUUUCUAACUGUGUGCUGUGGUUAAAGAAGGGUCUGUCCAAAUGAGCAAGACAUCCCAACAGAGCAGUACUGCAGGAGCAAAUGGAAUAAGUGUUAUUCACACACAGGCACAUGCCAGUGGUUUGCAGCAGGUUCCUCAGGUGGUGCCAGUCAGCCCUGGGGGAGGAGGCAAAGCUGCACCUCCCAGCAAGCAAAGCAAAAAAAGUUCUUCUAUGGAUAGGAACAGUGACGAGUAUCGGCAACGAAGGGAGCGGAACAACAUGGCGGUGAAAAAGAGUCGGUUAAAAAGCAAGCAGAAAGCCCAGGAUACUUUGCAGAGGGUCAACCAGCUUAAAGAAGAGAACGAACGCUUGGAAGCAAAAAUUAAACUGCUGACUAAGGAAUUAAGUGUGCUUAAAGAUUUGUUUCUUGAGCAUGCACACAAUCUGGCAGACAACGUACAGCCUAUGAGCACUGAAAGCACUACAAAUCCCGAUAACACAGGACAAUAGAAGGGUUGCUUCACAGUCUUGGGGAAUUGAACUUUAGGAGGUGUGACUUACACCACUCACAUAGUAUCAAAGCUGAUCUGUUUUAAUAUUUAAAGAUCCUUUUUGGGAUAUUUUCUAGGUUAAGCACUGAAGAUUUGAUUAGCCUAAAAUGUUAACUUGUUUGUCUGUUUUGAAGUAAUAAGUUACUUUUUAUCAAAAGUUAGAUAACUUUUUGAAAGACAUAAAAAUCUUAGAACUUGAUGUUAUUGCUAAGACUUGGAUUUCCCCAGAAAUGCUCAUUAUCUUUUUUGGCAUGGAGGAAUAGGAGUAUACCAGGCAAAUGGCAGAUCGGGCAGAAGUUUGCCGGUUUUAAUGGAUGAAGAGAAUUGGAUGAAAAAAAAUUAAUGUUAAAUAUUCUUUUAAAAAUCUGUACACUGUAAUAUAAAUUGGCUGUUUAGAGACAGAUCAGUUUAGAAUACGGGGGUUAUAAAUACAUUGUUUUAAUGUAAUUAGAAGUUUUUCCCUAGUUGGCAUAAAUUACUUGUCAAUAGUAUGGUUCAGCAGUGAUGGCUAAAGUGUUACAAAUGAUUAUUAUAAACAGGGGAUUAUAAAUGUGUUAUGUAGCAAAUUGAAAUUGGCAUACCCAAACUGUAAAUGGCUAAAGGAGCAAUUGGAUUAGUAUUUAUUCUUCUAAGCCUCUAUGUCAGUGACAUUUGUUAGAAUUCUCCUUUCAGGUUUUCUGGGAUUAUAGGGCUAUAUGAAAAAAAAAUCAGGAAUGUUUAGGACAACUCAGAAAAACUUAAGUGUCUCUAAGUGUAACUUUCAAGAAUUGUUAAAAUAGACCUUAUUGGCUACAUAUAUUGAAAAGUACUUCCUGUAGUAUACUAGCAGCUUGUUUAGUAUUUUGUUCAAGAGGUAGUUUUACUAAGAAGGGAACUUUUCUUAGGUCACAAUUUUAUAAGGGAGCAUUCAUUAAAAAGUAAAUUUUUAAAAAUUUUAACAAAAGAGUGAUUACUUAAAAAUACGUGGAUGACUUCAUACUUUUCCUGAAAAUACAAUGGUACUGUACCAUUAAGGUCUUUCAUAAAAGACAAACUAAGAUGUCAAACCCCUUUAACUUAUUUCAUCGUUUGUAAUAUCAGCCUGGCAUAUUUCUUGUCUGGUCAUUGCAUUAUACUCUUCCAAAUCUUUUUGCACCAUUUACUUCCAUUCAUUAACUUUUAAGCCUGAGUGCCCUGUAAACAUAUUUAGAAAGAGUAUGUUGGUAAAAAAGUUGUUAGGAUGCUGAUAGAGAAAGUACAAAAUUAUUUUGUGAUUAAAAAUGUCAAAGGGAAGCUCUAGAGACUAUUCCAUUUGAUAGUAGCAGUUCAGAAGUCUUUCUUAACAUUUUUUUGGCUCUGCUUUAUCUUAUCUGUUUUACUUUGUAAUUUUACAUGGGCCUGGCUUCCUCGCCAUUUAGUAGAACUCAUCUACUCUGUUGAGGAAAGGAAGCCAGACUACCCAACAGGUAAAUCUGUUUCCUUCUGUCUGCUUCCUGGUUUCUAGCUGUAGUGCAGUGCUUCAUACCAGUAUAAUUGAGACAGUUGAGGGAAGUAGGAGGGCCUUUUAUUUACUGAGUGGAAUACUUUGCAGUGGAACAUGUGGAGGUUUUGAAUAACUAGGGUGAUAAACUCCCCUUUCCUGGCAUCUAAGCCAUUUUGCUCGUCAGGAUAGCUCUUUAGCUUAGGGGAAGGGAGAGACUGGAAACUCUAUGGGAUAAAAUUGCUGAUUAAGGUUUAGUUUAUAUUGUCAAAUUUGAGCCAAUUUUAAUCUUGUAUUAGACUCAGUAGAUGGAGUUGUGAUAAAUGACAUUGGGCUUGCUUAUUGGAAUAGGGUGAGAGUUAGCUAAAGCCUUUGUAGUUGUAGCUCUGUUUGUGAAGAUAGGAACCAUAUGUCUGUUUAUGAAUGAUUGGACCUUUCUUGGAAAGAUACUGACUUCAUAUGGAGCAAGGAAAGAGUAUGGGGGUUUUGUAAGGACCAGUUCACUGUGUUGGCUUGAAAUGUUUAUCUACCUGUUAAAGCUAAUAGAGGUUUUGAUUAACUAGGUCACCUCAUAUAAGUCUUCAGAAGCAGAUUGAAGCUGGAUCAUCUCACUAAUAUUUUAAAAUGAAAGUCUCAUAACUGGGGACAUCAGGUCACUAUGUCAAGCACAUACGGUUCUAGACUUUUUUUUCUCUCUUGUAUAAUUUGCUGAAAAACACACCCAUCAUAGAAGUACAGAAUGACAGCUUAUAGAAAUGUAGUCAAAUCCCCUUAUGGUAUAGAUGAGGAAACUAAGGUACAGAAAAGUUGUGAUUCGCCAAAGAUCACAUGGCAAAUUAGUGACUGAGCUAAGACUAGUAUCCAGAUCUCCUGACUUCCAGUCCAAUGCUCUUUGCUCUGCAUGGUGUUAAUAACCUCAUCAGACUUGAUAUGUUUUUCAGUGAUCCCAUGGGGAUUCGUGGGUGCUAUUGGGGGUGUUAGAUGUGUGUUAAGUAUCUUAAAAUCGGCUAAAAUAUAACUUGAAACUAUUUCUUAAGUGGAUUCAAGCUUUCAUGUUUGAGCUAAGUAAAUUGCAGAGUUUUAGUUUAAGAUAUAAUAGAGACAAAUUUCAUAGUAUACAAAAGUAGAGGUACAUCUGUAAUACCUUAAUAUGUCUGGUUGGAACAAGGGCUUCGGUUUUUAGUAGAAUAACAGUAAGUACAUAAUUCAAAGGAAAACCAAAUGUUGGGAAAUGACCAAGUUGAGAGCUUCUGAGAUGAUCAAGUUACUAUGUAUUCUUAGUGCUGCCCUGAAGCCAUAAGAUUUGGUUUGCGAGUUAAGCCAUUCUUUUGGCCAAUGUUCUUAGUCUCUACACAAACUGGUUGGCUGGUGGUCUUCAAUUUGUGUUUUAAUCUUCUGUGCUUUUGAGGUUAUAAGUUUCUGAAUAGAAAUAACUUCAGAGUGCAAGAUUUCAUCCUCUAAAAGCUUACUAUUGCUUAGACUCAGUCUGUUUCAUUGACUUAAUGUUAGAACAAGAGCUCAGGCACUCUAGAAAACAUGCUAACAGAAUGGAACCACAUUCUAGAAAAUCAGGGCUUAGAAAAUUUGGAAAUUGACAUAAAUUGGAAGUGUGUGUGUGCAAUUUAAAGCACUUCCGCUUUCUCUGUUGUCUUUAGCAGACCUAAAAUAUUUAACCUAAACCAGAUAGUGCUCAGAGUACUCCAAACUGCCUUAGAGAUAGGGAAACUGGUUUUUAUGUUGAAUUGACAGAAGCUAAGGAGAAGAAAGACCACUUAAUGGCUGUUAGCUCUGCCUCUCAGGAAAAAAAUAAAAGUACCAACUUGUUCUUUCUAUUCCUGGCUUUUCUCAGUUUGUGAGAUUUCUAUUUUUUUAAUAAAAUUUGAUUUCUUCCAAUGAAUUUGAAAUAAAAAUCUUUGGAACAAUGGCA